GACGUUCACGGUCUGUCGUCUAUUGACUAUUCUAAUUUCUAUGAUUUAUUUGUUGGUCGAAGUUAGAGGUGGGAUUGUACGUUGCAAUUUCUAGUGUGAUUGCUCUGAUAACAUAUUAGAAAGACCUUGAAUAAUGUGCGUUAACCUAAUGUACAGUGACUAGUAUCCAAGAUAUCGUUCAAAGCCUUAAAAAUAUUUUUGAGACACAAUUGAGAAAAUAUUUGUGUACAAUAAAAAAAUGAGCCAGGCUCGAGUUGAUAAUUUAUGUCCUACGGCGCACCUUCGGGUCAUAUUGCCUUCAUCAAUGGACAAUAACAUGCCUCCACCGUUUAUUGAUAUCAAUAAUUUCCAUGAUAUACCACCACCGCAGGCGGACUUCUCUGCUCCCCCACCAUAUGAUGUGGCGGCUAACUCCAAGCUGCCUACAUAUGAAGAGGUGCAGCGUGAGAAGCAAAUGGAAGGAGAGGGACUUCAUCAGAUCCCGCCGGCGAGCCACCCGACCAUCGCGGCGUUCGUGACGGUGGAGCCGCCCGAGGGCGCGGCCGACGCGCUGGACCCCGAGAACAGCCUGCUCGGCACCGACAUCAUGUUCCUCACGUCGUUCUUCGUCGCGUUCCUGUUCAACUGGAUCGGCUUCCUGCUGCUGAUGUGUUUCUGCCACACCGUGGCGAGUCGCUACGGCGCGCUGGCCGGCUUCGGCCUGUCGCUCGCCAAGUGGACGCUCAUCGUCAAGCACUCCACCGAGCUCGCCUCGCACGAGAACUCCUGGCUCUGGUGGCUCAUUAUGGCUUUCGGCAUCCUGAUCUGCGUGCGCGCCGUCAUCCAGUACCUGAACAUCAAGCGCGGCUGGCGGCUGCUGUCCGGAACCGCUCAGGAGCGGCUCCUGUUCUUCUAUUGAAACAUGUUUGUGAUCUUUUCGAUUGGCACGCACGACCGAUACGCUAUGUAAGUAGCUAGAGGUGAUUUCUGUUAACGAUUAAGUUAUUAUUAUUUGCCAAAAAAUUGCACCCUAAGGAAGAUCCUAGACGCGUUAUCGCAAAAGUGAAACAAAAUUUAGCACAAACGCUUUUACAUUUGGAUAUGAAUUGAUUUUGAUUCUGAUGUACUCGAUCGUUAGGCUUAUUUGAUAGGAAUGAAUAGAUACAUAUUAUAUAUUUCUAACUAUCUUUUUUUUUAUAAUAUAGAUAGGCGAACUGGCAAAUGGGCCACCUAAUGGUAAGUGGUCAUCACCGCCCAUAGACAUGAGUGCUGUAGGAAAUAUUCCUUACGUCGCCAAUGCGCCACUAACCCGAGGAGCUGAGAGGUUAUGUCCCUUGUGCCUGUAGUUACACCGGCUCACUCGCCCUUUAAACCGGAACACAUUUAUGCCAGGUAUUGCUACUUGGCGUUACCAGUUACCAGAUAGCAACCAUAGACACUAAGGACAUUUUAGUUUCCAAGUUUAGUUGCGUACUGGCAAGUAAGGAAUGAUUAAUGUUUUUUACAGAUUUGUUUCUAUGGGCGGUGACCACUUACCAUAAAGUGAUCGAAUUGUAAGUUCUCGUACCUAUUUUAUUAAACAAAAUUAUCAUUGUAUGUAGGACGCCCUACGCCCUGCGACUAUUGUCUAUUGUCUUAAACUAAUAGACGAACCAAAGACAAUAUACCUAUUCCUGUCAAACGAGUCUAGCUCAAAGAUUGCGUACAACAUAAUAUUAUCCUUGUUUUAAUUAUAAUUGCUCAUUAAAAGUAUGAUUCGAUUAAAACAAAUAAAGACAUGAAUUAUUAUUAUAAUACGUUGUUACUUAGUGUAUGUGAUUGGAUAUUAUUGUGGAAAAUUAAUGUAUGAAAAAUGUUGAAAUAAAAACACAAAGAUGGAGCGCUCGUAACGUCACGGUGGAGUAAUAAAAGCAAAUACGAUAUCAAAAGCGAAUUCAAAUUCCUGAUCGUGCUAAACGACGUAUCUUAUUGUUGAUGCGUACAAAGUUAUGUCACUUUGAUUAGUAUGAAUUAAGGACGUAUUAAUAAAUUGUUAAUUACUACGCACUACUGGCUAUUUGUGUUCACUUUGAAUGUUGUAUUCGCUUUUU